CGCGCACGGUCGUAUCAGCACGCGUUCACCUCGGGUCGCAAGGCAUCCGCCUCGCUCCGCCAAUCAGAAGUAGAAAUACUCGAGCUACCAAUUAGAGGCGUGUCCAAUUUUGACCAAUAGGAAGUUGAAUGGGCGUGGCCACAAGCAGCCUCUCUUUCAUUGGCUCAGAGUUGUCUGGGGAGACCGCCCCCAUCCCUAGUCCGGUCGCUGCCAGGCGGAAGUCUCACGCGAGCUUCAGAACGGGAUCUUAGCCUCGCGUCUCCUGGUUCCGGCCGCCGCCGCCGCCGCCAUCAUGGUGCGGAAGCUCAAGUUCCACGAGCAGAAGCUGCUGAAGCAGGUGGACUUCCUGAACUGGGAAGUGACCGACCACAACCUGCACGAGCUGCGCGUGCUGCGGCGGUACCGGCUGCAGCGGCGCGAGGAGUACACGCGCUACAACCAGCUGAGCCGCGCGGUGCGCGAGCUGGCGCGGCGGCUGCGCGACCUGCCCGAGCGCGACCCGUUCCGCGCACGCGCGUCGGCCGCGCUGCUGGACAAGCUGUACGCGCUGGGCCUGGUGCCCACGCGCGGCUCGCUGCAGCUCUGCGACGCCGUCACCGCCUCCGCCUUCUGCCGCCGCCGCCUGCCCACCGUCCUGCUCAAGCUGCGCAUGGCCCAGCACCUGCAGGCCGCCGUGGCCUUCGUGGAGCAGGGCCACAUCCGCGUGGGCCCCGAGGUGGUCACCGACCCCGCCUUCCUCGUCACCCGCAGCAUGGAGGAUUUUGUCACCUGGGUCGACUCGUCCAAGAUCAAGCGGCACGUGCUGGAGUACAACGAGGAGCGCGACGAUUUCGAUCUGGACGCCUAGUGGGUCUCCCCGCUCCGACCUUCCUCGGUUCCCCUCCCCUGCCCACAGCCGCCUCUGACAGAUGGGUAAACUGAGGCCAGAGACGCUGAGUCUGCCGCUCUCCAAGGGUGUGUUCACCGAUCGUGGGGCCUCCCCUCACCACAGCUGCCUCUGACGUGGGGGAAACCGAGGCCGGAGAUGCUGAGUCUGCCCUCCCCGAGAGUGUGUUGACUGAUGGUGAGGCCUCCCCCUCGCCUCAGCUGCCUUUGACAAAUGGGUAAACUGAGGCCAGAGACGCUGAGUCUGUCCUCCGCAAGACUGUUGAGCGUAGGACCUUUCUCUUGCCAUAACUACUGUUGAUGGAACUGAGGCCGGACGCGCUGAGUCUGCCCUCCACGAGUGUGUGUUCACCGGUCGUGGGCCCUCCUUCGCCACAGCUGCCUCUGACAGAUGGGGAAAUUGAGGGCAGAAACUGAGUCCUCGAAAGCGUUCACCGACCGUGGACCCAUUGGUAAAUGGGGAACCGAGAGGAGAGCCGCUGAGAGAGUAUUAGUGAAUUGCAGCUCCUGAGU